AUGAGGAUCACGAGGAAAGGCACUCCGCUACUCACUCUCGAAGAGACGGUUCUCGUCGACAAGCUACGGAGAAUCUUUCACAAGCGCAGUCCACCCACACGUCGCCUAGGCAGCGCAGACGAGAUGGUCGACCCUCGCAGACCCACGAAGAGGUCAAUCAGCGUCGCCAACGAGACCAACCAGCAUUGUGUGUGGAGGACGUAG